CUCCGCCUUAGUUUCAGGACUAGGACUAUUUACAAGUCUGACUUACAUCUUGAAGUCUAGAAUGACACUACUGGUAUCAAAUAGAAUAGGAAUACAUGAAGCAAGGACAAACUAUUUAUACUCACCUUUUAGUGUUCUGCAUUUGUUAUUGGUUCAGUGUUUACCGGAAAACAAAUAAACGAAUCAAAAACACAAAGUUAAAUAUCAAUAAGCCAUUUGCGAUGUUGCUAUAAAAUAUCAAGAGGGGAAAAAAUCAAGUUUCCUCUGGUUUCCAACAGACUAUAAAGUAAAGAAAUGGACUUUGUCAACAAAAGUAAAACUGUGACCAUCAUUGGAAUGGGAGACUUUGGGCGUGCUCUUGCAAAGAGACUCCUCAGCUUUGGUUAUUCCGUAACCUUCGGGUGUUUAAAUCCCAACUCUCACAAGAUCUCGCCUCUAGAUCCGCUGUUCUCGCAGACUCUCAUCACCUCCACCAAAAGCGCCAUCCGCGCUAACGAAGUUGUGUUCUUGUGCAUCAGCGUCGUGCACUUCCAACACUUCGCCGAGAAGUACAAAGCAGCUCUCUCACGGAAAAUCGUGGUCGACGUCUCCAACAGGGUCAAGGACUUCUAUGUAAAAAAUUCGAAUGCGGAAUUUUUACAGUCGUUGCUUCCGGAUGCGAUCGUCGUCAAGGCUUUCAACGUUGUUUCCGCUUACGUCAUGGAAGGGAACUCUGUGCAGAAUUCACGAGUCGUCCCUGUGGCAAGCAAUCACUCCUUAGCUCGGCAGGCAAUAAUAGACUUAGGCAAUGAGGCAGGCUUUCGUCCAUACGACGCCGGCAUGUUGUCGAACUCGGGUUCUAUUGAACUCAAUUCCACAAGAAUGUUUGCUAAAUGGAAGGUGCCUGUGGUGACUGCUGCAGCUGUGUACGCUUUGUGGUGGCUGUUUGUAGCCUACGUGGACUUUAUAAGGAAGGUCAACUUCACAUGGGAGCAGGUCUUUCUUAGGGUGGCCAACAAACCAUUAUGCAUGACGGCCAUAACUUUGUUAGCUCUGACCUACUUGCCAGGUUGUCUUGCUGCCAUGUACCAUCUAGUCAACGAUACUAAGUACCAUAAGUUUCCCAAGUGGCUGGACUCGUGGCUCGCGGCGCGAAGGCAGAUAGGUCUGGUGGCCUUUGCACUGACUAGCAUGCAUGUGUACAUAUCAACUCUCCUUCUCAGGCCAACAUACUUUCCGUCAUGGUUCAACUGUUCUGUGAUAGCACCAGGUCUUGAUGGGAGUGACACCUGGAUGAAUUGGAAGGGUGAGCUGUCGUGUCUAACAGGACUUCUUGGCAUGUUGGCAAUGUGCGUCCUGGCUGUUAUCACCAUCCCUGGCGUCACUGACUCUUUAAACUGGGCGGAGUGGCGGUUCUUGCAGUCCAAAUGUGGUUGCCUGGCAUUGUUAUUCUCCACCGGACACGCCUGGGUGAUGGGCGCCCCUGUGUGGAUGAACUACACUAGAUGGGUGGAUGUCCUGACCUCUGAGACAUUCGUUAGCUCAUUCCUCCCAGCUCUAGUUGUCGUGCUGCGAGUAAUUCAGUCGCUACCUUUUAUUAGACAUUCGCUCAUAAGGAUUAGAAAAGGGCGAAUUGACGAUGACCCUUAUUUAAUUACUAUCACGACUGAGACCAGCCAAGUGGCAAGAAAAACAUCGGUAGAGAUGUCCAAUCUUACAUAUACUGACCAAACAACUAGUCUCUCGGAGAAGCUGCAACAGCACCCCAACAGAACUCAAGCUCAGGCUGUCGGCUCUGAAGACAUUCAAGGCCCCAGCCCAUCGAGCGGAGACCACAGUCGCGUCAUUUGCACCAAAGAUUCAAGAGCGCAGCCCAAAGAUAUUCUAGUUUGUGAAAAUGCUUCAGCAGCAAAGUCUCCCAUGAGUCAGACUGUGGUCAAAAGAACAGAUGAUGAUGUCCGUGUUAGAGUAACAAACUUAGGUGAUAGGGAAGUGACCUCGCCGCUAAUUACAAGUGGCAAUGAAAGUGAUUCCUGUGAAGAACUAGUUUCCAGAGUUUAGAACUAGAUGUAGUUUUUAGAGCUUUAACAACAAAGUAGAAUAAAGUUCGAAUAUGAUUUCCUUUUAUAUACUAAAGAUUAAAAACUAUUUUUAAAAAAUGUA